AUGACUACACUUAGUCGGCCACAUGUUAUUGCGUCUCUGAUCUGGUCUCUAGCGGCUACUGCCGCCACAGCGUAUUUCAUGUACAAAUCUCCAGUCUGUAAAGAAAGUCCUCCAAGUCAAGAGGUUGAGGAAGAGGACAAUGACAAUGAUGACGAUUCUGAGGAUUUGGCAGAUGGCGAAGACGUGCACAUCUCUAAGUUUGAACAAAUUCUCUUCGUUCUAGGAUACUGUAGAGAACAGUGGAUUUUGUACCUAGCGGGUUCUAUAUUCAUGCUUGUGCAGAUAACAGCUGCUGUACUUGAGCCUUCCACCCAAGGAGAUGUUAUUGAGACUGCUACAAAGCAGAAAGGAUAUCAUGCGCUGAUGGAAUCAAUGAUGAUUUGCUUUGGCAUCAUCAUAAUCAAAGAUGUUUUUGAUGGGCUUUCCUGUGCGUGUUUGGAACGUGCCACUUCACUCAUUGGUGGCAAAAUGAAAAUGGACCUUUUUGAAUCCAUAGUGAACAGGGAAAUAAGUUUCUUCGACGCCAAUUCUACAGGAAAGCUUAUCUCAAAACUGUACGAUUGCGAUGUUGCGUCUAGAAUGGUGUCACGUGAUGUGAUAACUUUUGCUCAGAGCAUCGUACUAACGCUCAGCUCACUAGCAUUUCUUUUGGUAUACUCAUGGAAGUUGACAGUGCUAACUUUCAUAACAAUCCCUACUAUGUACGUAGUGAACGAACUGUACACAAAUUUUGCUAAUGAACUUGACAGUUCAUCAUAUUCGAUGUCAGCAAAGAUCGCAGAGAUAGCCAAUGAAAUUAUAUCAUUCGCAUGUGAUAAGCGGGAAGUCAAAAGGUUUUCUGACAAUCUUGAAAAACUGUUGCUUCUCGAAGGUAAAAGUUCCCUGGGUAGGGCUGGUUAUUCUUGGACUAUCAAUAUCGCUUAUGAUCUCACUUAUGCUGCACUUCUGGUCUACGGCGGUCAUCAAAUCUUGGCAGGGGAAAUGUCACCAGCUAUGCUAACGACAUUUACGCUCUACGUUUCACAGCUCAAAUGUAAUAUCGAUCAAAUAUAUUACACAGCGUUGUCAGUGAAGAAAUCUAUCUCUGUUACGAAGAAGAUAAUGACUUAUAUAAAAAACGCUUCGAAACAGGAAGAAGAAGGAACACUGAAACCUGAAGUUUGUGGAGCAAUCGAAAUGACUUCGGUAAACUUCACAUACCCUUCCCGACCUUCUGAAGAAGUACUUAAGGAUCUAAGCUUGAGAGUUGAAUAUGGAACAACUGUAGCAAUCGUCGGCGCCAGUGGAGCUGGGAAGUCAACUAUUGUUGCUCUGCUUGAGCAAUUUUACAAACCUUCUAGCGGCACCAUCACACUCGAUGGUAAUCCUAUAGAAGAAAUCGAACGCGAUUACUACCACGAAAAGAUCGCUUUAGUUGCGCAAGAGCCCGUACUCUACGAUCGUUCCAUCAAAGAGAAUAUCGUCUAUGGUUGCGAGUGGGCGACGGAAGAUGACAUGAGACGAGUAGCGGCGAUGGUUGAUGCUCACGACUUCAUCAUGCAACUAGAGAAAGGUUACAAGACAAAGUGCGGCGAGCGGGGGGCUCAGUUGUCAGGAGGUCAGAAACAACGCAUUGCGCUCGCUAGAGCACUGGUGCGGAAACCUACAAUUCUGAUUCUCGAUGAGGCUACAAGUGCUUUGGAUUCGCAAUCUGAACAAGCGAUUCUGGAGUCUCUUAGAAGAAUUGCCGGAACCAUGACUGUCAUAAUCAUAGCACAUCGGCUAUCAACAAUCAAAAAUGCCGAUCGAAUUUACGUCAUCGACAAAGGAACUGUUGUUCAGAGUGGAACACAUGCUGAAUUGCUCGAGGACGUCAACGGCAUUUACUCCGCUCUUUUCGCGAGUCAGACAGAUAGUGUUUCGGAAGCGUGUCUAGCAUCAAGCUCGGUGUUACCAGAGGGCAAGCAUAUGAAAAAGGAGAAGAAGCAUAGGACUUCAUUGUAA